AAAGAGAGGACAAUUUAUCUGGCUUUAGCCAAGAGUUCCACCUAAUAAUCUAUUGCAACUUGAUUAUAGACUAGCAAGCAAUCAAUUAAGCUAUCAUGUCCGUCUAUCUAUCCAUGUAUGCGCUUGCUGAAAUGAACAAAGAAAGAGAGAAAUAAUUGCGCAAAAGAUAGUACUGCAGAUCGUGUGCUCUGAUAAUCAUGAUGAUGUUGAAAAACUUCUCCCAGCUGAUACUCUUCUGCUGGGUAGUGUUACCGUUUCAGGCGGCAAUGGCUGCAUCAUUAAUCCAAACAAAGCCCGGUUGCCUAGCCAAAUGCGGGAAUCUUGAUGUUCCAUAUCCAUUUGGUAUUGAUAUCACUAUUGGCGGCAGCAGUGGGAAUCAAUCAGGUUUAAACUGCUCUAUUGGUGGAUUCGGUAAGGGUUACAGCUUAAGGUGUGAUGCUUCUUUUGACCCUCCCAAGCCCUUCUUGGGUAUGGGCGUUGGCGAAGUUUUGAGUAUAUCAGAGAGUGAAAUACGAAUGAAGAACCAGCCAGCAGGCCACUUUUGUUACAAUAAAAGUGACAUAGCUCCGACUUCAAAGCUUCAUCAAGCCCUACAGAUAAAUCUAGUUAGCACCCCACAUACAAUCUCAUAUAAAAAAAACAAGCUGUUUGGGGUCGGGUGCGAUACAACCGCCUAUUUAACCGGAUUUGUCGUGGGUAGUAACAUCAGCAAUGAUGGUAACGGUUAUUCAAGCCUGUGUAAGUCCUCCUGUAAUAGCAAAGAAAAUGUGACAGAAGGAUCUUGCCAUGGCAAUGGUUGUUGCGAGUUGUCCCUCCCAAAAAGGCUGAACUUCUUUAAAGCAUUGGUGGACUCAUUGGAUAACCAUACAAAAGUAUGGCCUUUUGAUCCUUGCAGUUAUAUCAUGGUGGCUGAGCAAGAGCAGUACACCUUUCGUGCGUCAGAUCUUCUUCCAGACACCAAUUUCCUUGAAAGAGCAAAAGCUAUGCCUUUUGUUCUGGAUUGGGCGAUAGGGAAUAUGACCUGCGAAGAAGCACAAAAAGGCUUGGCCAGCAACAACACUUUCGUUUGCAAAGAGAACAGUAAUUGUAUCAACUCUGAUAACAAUCCUGGAUAUCGUUGCACAUGCUAUGAAGGUUACGAGGGAAAUCCAUAUCUCAGUCCUGGAUGUCAAGACGUGAAUGAGUGCGAGGAUCAAACCAAUAAUCCUUGCGUAGGGAUUUGCACGAAUACUGAAGGAAGUUACACUUGUACUUGCCCUAAGGGAAGCAAUGGUGAUGGGAAGAAAGACGGGAGUGGUUGUACCAAGAAACAAGAAUCUCCAUUAUUGCGGAUCACUCUCGGUGUUGGCUUAGGAUUAUUGUUUUUGAUAAUCGGCCUUUCUUGGCUAUACAUAAGCAUAAUGAAGAGAAACCGCAUCAAACUCAGAGAAAAAUUCUUCGAGCAGAAUGGUGGAUUGUUACAAACCCAAAAUGUACCCUCAAGUGAAGGUGGUGUUGAGUCCACUAAGAUUUACACAGCAAAAGAGCUAGAAUUGGCAACCAACAAUUAUGAUAAGAGUCGAGUACUCGGAGAAGGAGGUUAUGGAACAGUUUACAAGGGAGUUUUAUCGGACAAUCGAGAAGUUGCCAUUAAGAAAUCCAAGAUAGUUGACCAGAGUCAGAUUGAGCAGUUCAUAAAUGAGGUUAUCAUUCUAACUCGGAUUAAUCAUCGAAAUGUGGUAAAACUAUUGGGUUGUUGUCUAGAGGCUAAAGUUCCUUUGCUUGUCUAUGAGUUUGUCUCUAAUGGCACCCUUUUUCAACAUAUUCAUUACAAUAAAAGCGAGGCUGAGGCAUCUUCUAUUUCCUGGCAUGAUCGUUUGAGGAUUGCUACCGAAACUGCAAGUGCAAUUGCAUAUUUACACUCGGCAGCUUCAACACCCAUCAUUCACAGAGAUAUUAAGUCCGCAAACAUUUUAUUAGACGAAAAUUACACUGCAAAAGUAGCUGAUUUUGGAGCAUCAAGGUUGAUCCCUUUGGAUCAAACCGAAAUAGUGACGCUCGUUCAGGGGACCUUAGGAUACUUGGAUCCUGACUACUUCAAGACCAGUCUGUUGACAGAGAAAAGUGAUGUUUACAGUUUUGGCGUAGUUCUUCUUGAACUCCUAACCGGAGAAAAACCGGUUUCUUUUGCAAGAUCUGAAGAGCAAAGAAAUCUUGCAUCGUUUUUCCUUUUAAAAAUGGAAGAUGAAAAUGCUCUACUUCAACUUCUUGAUGCUCAAGUAGUAAAAGAGGAAAAGUUGGAGCAUAUCCUCCCAAUUGGAGAGCUUGCAAAGCGAUGUCUUGCACUGAAGAGUGAAGAUAGACCUACAAUGAUGCAAGUAGCAGCGGAGCUGGAAGAUUUGAGAAAGCUGGCAACCCAAAACAAAGAUACGAGGUCUGUACCAUCAGAGCCAACAGAUUUGUAUAGUGUGCCAAUGAGCUUUUCCACCAUCUUCGAUUCUGGACAAUAUAGUUCUGACACCACAAAUACAACAAUGUCAAUGGGGGAGCCCCGGUGAAAUCAAACUAAAACAGAUAGAAAUUCAAUUAAAACUCUUGUUCCUAACCCCUAAAAUCACCGAUUUUAUCAAUAAUGUGAACCCAAAAUUUUAUAGAUGCAUUAUUUGAUAUCA